AGCCCCCACCUUGGAGCCCGAGGGAGGAGAAAGCGGCAGUCGCUGGAGCCUGAUCAACGUUCUAACAGCAGAACAAUCAUGGAGGUGGUGCCAGCCGAGGUGAAUAGUUUGCUUCCAGAGGAGAUAAUGGACACUGGUAUAACGUUAGUGGAUGAUGAUAGUAUUGAGGCUGUUAUUGUUUCAUCCCCAAUUCCCAUGGAGACAGAACUGGAAGAAAUUGUCAACAUAAAUUCUACUUGUGACUCUACAGCCACGCCCAUUUCCACGGAACCAGUUACAGUAUACAGUAACCACACUAACCAAGUUGCAGUGAAUACCACAAGUACUAAAGCAGAUUCUAAUACCACAGUGAAACCAGCUUUUCCAAGUGGCCUUCACAAACUUGGUGCUCAGACUCCUGUGACUAUAUCAACCAAUCAGAUCAUUCUAAACAAAGUAUCACAGACAUCUGAUCUUAAACUUGGCAAUCAGACCCUUAAACCAGAUGGACAGAAGUUAAUUUUAACAACUUUGGGCAAGUCUGGUUCACCAAUUGUUUUAGCACUACCCCAUAGCCAACUACCCCAGGCUCAGAAAGUUUCAACUCAGGCCCAGUCAGGAGAUGCAAAGUUACCACCACAACAAAUUAAAGUAGUUACCAUUGGAGGGAGGCCCGAGGUGAAACCCGCCAUUGGUGUAUCAGCAUUGACCCCGGGAAGUCAACUAAUCAGUGCUACAACUCAGCCCUCUGUGGUACAGACCCAACAGUUAAAAACAGUACAGAUUGCUAAGAAGCCUCGAACACCAACCUCUGGUCCAGUAAUCACGAAGCUGAUCUUUGCAAAACCAAUUAAUAGUAAAGCAGUUACGGGACAGACAACUCAAGGAUCGCCACCAGUCAUUACAGGUAGGGUUCUUUCACAGUCUACUCCUGGGACUCCAUCCAAGACCAUAACAAUAUCUGAAAGUGGUGUUAUUGGAUCAAGUUUAAAUUCUACAACACAGACACCAAAUAAAAUAGCCAUCUCACCUUUGAAAUCACCAAAUAAGGCAGUGAAAUCAGCCGUGCAGACCAUCACUGUUGGAGGCGUGAGCACAUCACAGUUUAAGACAAUUAUUCCGCUGGCAACGGCUCCCAAUGUCCAGCAGAUUCAAGUGCCUGGAAGCAAGUUUCAUUACGUCCGACUGGUUACUGCCACCACAGCCAGUAGCUCGACCCAGCCAGUCAGUCAGAACCCCAGUACAAACACGCAGCCUCUUCAGCAAGCAAAGCCAGUGGUGGUUAAUGCAACCCCGGUGCGGAUGUCAGUUCCAAUUGUCACAGCGCAGACGGUCAAACAAGUGGUUCCCAAACCAAUCAAUCCCACUUCACAAAUAGUUACUACUAGCCAACCACAACAACGGCUUAUCAUGCCUGCCACACCACUGCCGCAAAUCCAGCCGAACCUCACUAACCUCCCUCCAGGCACUGUCUUGGCACCAGCUCCAGGAACCGGGAAUGUGGGUUAUGCAGUACUUCCAGCUCAGUAUGUUACUCAGCUCCAGCAGUCUUCAUAUGUGUCUAUAGCAAGCAACUCCAACUUUACGGGAACUCCUGGUAUUCAGACACAGGCAAGACUUCCAUUCAAUGGUGCUAUUAAAUGCAUUUCUAGCGUCGAUGAUGCUAACAAUAACUUUUUACCUUAUACCAUUUUGUAUUCCAGAUAUUGUGAUUGCUUUGCAAAUGGUGAAUUUUGUAACAACUGCAAUUGUACUAACUGUUAUAACAAUUUGGAACACGAAAAUGAAAGGCAAAAAGCAAUAAAGGCAUGCCUUGACAGAAAUCCAGAAGCCUUUAAACCUAAAAUAGGAAAAGGAAAGGAAGGGGAAUCAGACCGACGUCACAGCAAAGGAUGUAACUGCAAACGAUCAGGAUGUCUUAAAAACUACUGUGAAUGCUAUGAGGCAAAGAUAAUGUGUUCCUCGAUAUGCAAAUGUAUUGGUUGUAAGAAUUUUGAAGAAAGCCCAGAAAGAAAGACUUUGAUGCACUUGGCAGAUGCGGCUGAAGUAAGGGUACAACAGCAAACAGCAGCGAAGACCAAGUUAUCGUCACAGAUUUCCGACUUGCUUACGAGGCCGGCCCCAGCUUUGAAUAGUGGAGGAGGAAAAUUGCCAUUUACAUUUGUAACUAAGGAGGUAGCAGAAGCCACGUGUAAUUGCCUCCUCGCGCAGGCAGAACAGGCAGACAAGAAGGGGAAGUCAAAGGCAGCAGCUGAACGGAUGAUACUUGAGGAAUUUGGAAGGUGUUUGAUGAGUGUCAUCAACUCUGCUGGAAAAGCAAAAAGUGACCCUUGUGCCAUGAAUUGUUAACUCUUGCACAAAAGACAGAUAAAUGGAACUGUACAGAAAAUUUAAGGUGCCGGGACAUUUGAUUUUCUGGAAGAUUAACAAUUACUGUAUUGUUAAUUCAGUCCUGGAUUUAUAAUAUUGACAGAGAAGAAAUUUUAAAUGAGAAUUAGUACAUUUUUAAUCUUGGUUAAAUCUGCUUAUGCCCCAUCUAAAUGGAAGUUUUUCUUAUUGUAUUAUAGAGAUUUUUAAUUUGCUUGGGUUUUCUGAGAAUUAGAUGUUAUAUAAUUCUGAUUCUAUUGACAAAACAUUUAUAAAUUAUUAUGAUAUGAUUUCUAAUGGAUGGUGUUGUAUGACUUUGUUCUGGUAGAAGUCAAAGAACAUUGGUAGUACCCAAUUGUUCUUUGAUACAAAACCUACAAUACAAACAGGUCGAAUGUUUAUGAAGCAUAUUCAAUGGACAUUUUAUGUUUAGAAAAGCACUACCUUUUAAAGAAAACCAGGCUUUUUAGGGAGGAUUCUGGGAUAAUAUCCCACUUAGGGACAGUCAGAAGGGGAACUAGCCCACAGGCACACUUUAAAAAUAACAUUUUGCUUUCAAACAAACAAACACAUAAAGAAUUAAGGACUGUAAACGAAAUCCCCGAGACUGGGUCAUACUUUUCUAUAGUAAGGGGCUAACAAGUUCUCUGGGAAGACUCCAUUUCUUUCAGAGAGGCAGUAUGUGUUUGCAGCCAGUGAAUACUGGGUACCACUAAGAUGUGCAUCUGAAUAGAAGUAAACAUGACUGUCUUUUAGUGAUAAUAUAGAAUCCCACAUAAUUAUCAGGUAUAAAAUUUGUCUUGGAUGGAGAUAUAAAGAAUAUUGAAUUGUAAGAUGGUGAAUUGAAGGAUUUUUCAUUUAUCGAAAAACUUCUUAUAGACUUUUUAACUAAGGUUUCGAAUCAAUAUGUGACUCUUGCAUGAUUUACUCCAAUGGGUCUCCUAACAAAGCUUUCAAAAUCAUAGUGGGAUUACUUCUUAUAAAGAGAGUUUUAAAUAUGGCAUUAUUUAUAACCAGGUCUUUGGUAAACUGAAAAAUGGCUGUUUUCAUAUGAUUACUAAAAGAGCUCGAAUCAUUCUCGGUAAUUCAAAAGUUUUAUGAAUUUAAGAGCCUGCUGCAAAAGACUCUUAUUUUUCUUGACAAAGAAAAACCAUGUUGGAAUUCAGGCAUUUUAUUAGGUACCACAUCCUUAGUAAUUACUAGUGUACAUUUCCUAAAAGGAAUCUGUAAUUGUAUGUAUUAAAAGUGUGUAUAUAUGUUCAUAUGAACACACGAGUUGUAGACAAUAGAAAUUAACUCAAAAGAGGAUUCCGUUAUUAAAGUCGUUUCCUUUUGAAAUUUGGAUUUUAAAAUUAUCAUAAGUGUAAUGUAGAUAGUGCAGAUAUUCUUAACACCUCAAUCUAGUGUGUCUAAUAUUUGUAUAAAUGUAAACUAGUGUAAGAGGGUAAAAUAAUAUCUAAUCACGUUAUUUUUCAAAAAAUUGCAAUACCUUUUUGGUCUAAACCGAAACUUCUUUGUUCAUACUUUGUAAAUAUUCUGUGUUUAAUUCUAAUUGCACCUUUGUGAUGUGUAUUUAUAUACAGUGUGCAGAAAAUGUUUGUGAAACUUGGAUUACAAUUGUAGAUGAUGUAUGAUGGCAUUGCUUGACAAUGUUUUGCCUGUAAAAAUUUGAGGGUGCAAUCAAGUGCUACUAGUUUUUCUGAUUUUCAAGAAGCUAUCUAAAGUAUUAAGCUUUUUCCCUUCCUGUGUAGUACUUACUAAACAACUUCUUUUUGUAUUUAGGCAUUUGCAUCAAAUUGCUGAACAAGAUUAAUAGCCACCUUCAACAAUUUUAAAAGACUAUUUUGGGGUGGGGAGUCAGUUGGGUAUAUAAUUUUUUAGCUCUAUUUACAUCCCAAAGUAGAAAGAUUAUAUUUACUAGAGCUAUUCAAAGAAUACACUUUUCUAUAUUGUAAUAACAGGACAGCAAAGUAAAUCUAAGGAAAAUAAACAUUUAUACUAUUCUGUAAAAAAAAAAAGGUUUUGCAUUUUUUCUUUAGUUUGAUACACCACAUUUAACAUGCAAGAAACCUUUUCAAAGAUCUGAUUCUCAAGUAUAUUGGACAGUAUACAUGAAAGCACACAAAUGAAAAAUACCAUUUUGCUGAGUCUCAUUGACAGGUUGUUUCAAAUGAGCACAUUCCUUCUGUGCUUUAGUCCUUGGUUAGGGCAGUUCAGCCUCCUGUUCUUUUACUGCCGUCGUUUACUGUCGUUUUACUGUCCUUUUAUGAUAUUCUUACGAUGAGCACCUUUCCUACUUUCCUUUGCUCGGAUCAAUGAACGAUCUGUAAAAUGGAGCCCUAAUUUUAUAGGUAAACAAACAAGCAGAGCAGCAACUUUGGGGACAUGUGAUGAUUCGGAGGGUGGGGUGGGGAGAGUGGCAGUGGCACCGAUUGAGCUUCACAUUCUUUGAAUAUGGACAACUGACGUUUUCUCAGUCUUAUGUAAAACAUAAAUAAAAACCCUUUAGAAAAGCUUCCUAUUUUUAU